AUGGUUCUUUACUUAAAGGAAGUCACCAGGGUAGAAGACAUAUUGGAGGAUUACAAGAAGGGUGCUUCGCUAGCUUCUGCUUGGAAUCACACAGUGCGUGUGAACUUUAUGGCACUAGAUCUUGUCAAAUCCCUCUGCAACGAAGUUGCAAAAUUAGAAGAUAUCUUAGAGGUGGAAAAGAUAUUUAAGGCAGCAUUGCGCAAAGCAGUUAGUGUUGGGAUACCCGAACUUAUUGAAGAGAUUGUAUUGUCAUACCCUUCGGCAUUGUUUUUUGUGAGUCUAGGAGACCUAAACAUCAUCACAUAUGCAAUUCUAAAUCACCGUGAAUGUGUGUUCAAUCUCGUACAUCAAACUAGCUGGAAAUAUAUAUAUGGAGUGGACAAUUCGUUGAACAACGUUCUGCAUUUGGUUGCACGUCUGGGACAUGAGCAACAAAUCAAUCUCAAAGCUAGUGUUGCUGGUGCAGUUCUACAAAUGCAGCGAGAAAUGCAAUGGUUUAAGGGAGUAAAAAUACUUACACCGCCUAGUGACAGAGAAGGAAUAACGAUGGACUGACACGUGCAGAAGUAUUUUCUGACACACACCAAGAUUUGGUAAAGGAGGGUGAGCGAUGGAUGAAAGAUACAACCACAUCAUGCACCAUAGGUUUUGCCCUUAUUGUCGCUAUGGUUUUUGCAGCUGCCAUUACAGACGUUACAGUACCAGGUAGAAAUGACAAUGAAAACGGUCAUCCGUUACUUU